AUGAAUCUAUUAGCUUCAUUAAAGACGAACAUCGGCUGGCCUGCCGUUAUCGGAGCUGUGGUUGCUUAUUAUGGAACGAUAGUCUUCUACCGUCUGUUCCUUCACCCUUUGUCUCGUUUCCCUGGUCCCAAACUAGCGGCUAUCUCACGCUGGUAUGAAGCAUACUACGAUGUCGUACUUGGUGGUCAGUAUACUGUCAAGAUCGCUGAAUUACACAAGAAAUACGGUCCCAUUAUCCGUAUUAGUCCCCAUGAGAUACAUGUCAUUGAUCCAUCAUUUUUUGAGAAGCUUUAUCGCUCAGAUGGACGUUGGGAUAAGUAUUCCUGGACGUACGAUGCCUUUGGGGCUAAAACGUCAACCAUCUUCGGUUCAGAUCAUUACGCUCAUAAGGCCCGCCGCCGCGCCCUUGCUCCGUUUUUCUCAAAAACGAAUAUUAUUGCGCGACAAGAUUUGCUUCAAAAAAAUAUUAAAAAGCUUUCCCAAAGAAUUGCAUCACUCGAAGGAACCACUUUCAAUCUAGGAGCUGCCAUUAGUGCUUUUGCACGAGAUAAUGCUAAUAAACUAAUCGUCGGUAAAGAUUACAAUGAGCUCAGCCUGGAAGAUUUUGGACUUGGAUUGUCACUUUCAUCGCAAGGCGCUGGUGUUUAUUGGCGUACGACCAAGCAUCUACGCUGGUUCGGACCCUCAAUGAGAGCGAUACCUAUUGAAUGGGCUAAAAAGAUGGCUGAUGAGAGCACACAAUCAUUUCUUCGUUAUCUUCAGCAAUCUGAGCAAGACACUCGAGAUACAUUGGCUGCUACAAUAUCUCCCUCCCCUGAUGAUACGAUCAAAAGCACGUUGAUAUACUCAAUUGCCCAUUCUGAUCUUCCUCCCGCUGAAAAAACGUUCGAUCGAAUCUUUGAGGAAGUAGCUACUGUUACCGGUGCAGGGUUCGAAACAAUAUCAAACACUCUGCGACUUAUUCUCUACCACGUUUAUAGCAGCGAUGAAAUUCUACAAAGACUCAGAGAAGAAAUCAAUGCAGCCUCAACUACAAUCACCGGGCCUCUUACGUUAAAGGAGUUAGAGCAGCUUCCCUAUCUCACUGCCGUCUUAAUGGAAGGCUUGCGUUUAAGCCCUGGAGUCGGCUCCAGAGCGGCACGUAUCACGGAUCAAGACCUUUUCUAUAAACACUGGCGUAUACCUGCCGGAACCCCUAUUGGAAUGACCACAAUACUAAUGCACACUGACAAAAAUCUGUACCCUGAUCCAAUGUGCUUCAAUCCCGAUAGGUGGAUAGAUAGUACGGCAAAACGAUCUACUACGACAUUUGCUCCUUUUUCUCGGGGAACCAGAAUAUGCCUUGGCAUGCAGUAA